AUGGUUGCUGAAUUGAUUGAUGGUAAGGCUAUUGCCCUUCAGUUACGUGAAACAUUACAUGAUGAAAUUAAUCAAUUUCAAUCCAAACAUUUUGAUUUUAAACCUUCAUUAAGUAUUAUUCAAAUUGGUGAUAGACCAGAUAGUUCAACUUAUGUCAAAAUGAAAUUAAAAGCAGCUGAGGAAGCUUCAAUUAUUUGUGAAAUUAUAAAAUUGCCUGAAGAUAUUUCAGAAUCUGAAUUAUUAAAUAACGUUGAAAAAUUAAAUAAUUCUUUAGAUGUUGAUGGUAUUCUAGUUCAAUUACCAUUACCAUCACACAUUGAUGAAUCAAAAGUUACAAAUGCUGUUUUAGCUGAUAAAGAUGUUGAUGGAUUUGGUCCUUUUAAUGUUGGUGAAUUAGCUAAAAAAGAUGGUGUUCCUCAUUUUUUACCUUGUACUCCAAAAGGUAUUAUGUAUUUAUUACAACAAUCAAAUGUUCAAAUUGAAGGUUCUAAUGCUGUUGUUUUGGGUAGAUCUGAUAUUGUUGGUAAACCAAUCGCAAAUUUAUUAACUAAAGCAAAUGCAAAUGUUACAAUUUUACAUUCAAGAACUCCAAUUAAUGAUAUUGAGAUAUAUUUAAAGAAUGCUGAUAUUGUAGUUGCAGCUAUUGGUCAACCAAAAUUUGUUAAAAGUGAAUGGUUAAAACCAGAUUCUGUUGUUAUUGAUGUUGGUACAAAUUUUAUUCCAGAUGCAACUAAAAAAUCUGGUUCAAGAAUGGUUGGUGAUGUUGAUUUUGAAACUGCAAAGGAAAAAGUUAAAUUAAUAACUCCAGUUCCUGGUGGUGUAGGUCCAAUGACUGUUGCUUGUUUAUUAGAGAAUGUUUUAAUUGCUGCUAAAAAUCAUUAUAAAGCUAAUAAUGAAACUCCAAAAUUUACAAAUCCAUUAAAAUUAAAUUUACAAAAACCAGUUCCAUCAGAUUUUGAAAUUUCAAGAGCUCAACAGCCAAAAAGAAUUACUCAAGUUGCUGAAGAAGCGGGAAUUUUAGAUUCUGAAUUAGAACCAUUUGGUUUUUAUAAAGCUAAAGUUUCAUUAGAUAUUUUAAAAAGAUUACAAAAUAAAAAUAAUGGUAAAUAUGUUUUAGUUACCGGUAUUACACCAACUCCAUUAGGUGAAGGUAAAUCAACAACUACAGUAGGUUUAGCUCAAGCCUUAGGUGCUCAUUUACAAAAAAAUGUAUUUGCAAAUGUUAGACAACCUUCCAUGGGUCCAACUUUUGGUAUUAAAGGUGGUGCUGCUGGGGGUGGUUAUUCACAAGUUAUACCAAUGGAUGAAUUUAAUAUGCAUGUUACUGGUGAUAUUCAUGCAAUUACAAUGGCUAAUAAUUUAUUAGCUGCUGCUAUUGAUACAAGAAUUUUUCAUGAAUCAACUCAAAAAGAUGGUCCAUUAUAUAAAAGAUUAGUACCUGAAAAAAAAGGUCAAAGAAAAUUUACAUCAUCAAUGUUGAGAAGAUUGAAAAAAUUAGGUAUUGAUAAAACAAAUCCAAAUGAUUUAACUCCAGAAGAAAUUACUCAAUUUGCAAGAUUGGAUAUUGAUCCUGAAUCUAUUACAUGGAGAAGAGUUGUUGAUUGUAAUGAUAGAUUUUUAAGAGGUAUAACUAUUGGUCAAGCACCAACUGAAAAAGGUUUUACAAGAGCUACUGGAUUUGAUAUUACUGUUGCUUCUGAAUGUAUGGCAAUUUUGGCUUUGGCAAAUUCAUUAAAAGAUAUGAGAGAAAGAUUAGGUAAAAUGGUUAUUGGUACUUCAAGAUCCGGAAUUCCAAUUACUUGUGAAGAUAUUGGUUGUGCUGGUGCAUUAAGUGCUUUAUUAAAAGAUGCUAUAAAACCAAAUAUUAUGCAAACUUUAGAAGGUACACCAGUUUUUGUUCAUGCUGGUCCAUUUGCAAAUAUUUCAAUUGGUGCUUCAUCAAUUUUAGCUGAUAAAAUUGCAUUAAAAUUAGCUGGUACUUCACCUGAUUUAUCAGAAGAAGAAAGAAAAGAAAAUGAAGGUUACGUUGUUACUGAAGCUGGUUUUGAUUUUACAAUGGGUGGUGAAAGAUUUAUUAAUAUUAAAUGUAGAUCAUCAGGUUUAACUCCAGAUGUUAUUGUUAUAGUUGCCACUGUUCGUGCAUUAAAAGUUCAUGGUGGUGGUCCGGAAGUUAAAGCAGGUGCUCCAUUAGCUCCUGAAUAUACUCAAGAAAAUGUGGAUUUAUUAAAAAUUGGUUGUUCAAAUUUAGCAAAACAUAUUUCAAAUGCAAAAUCAUAUGGUUUACCAGUUGUUGUUGCAAUUAAUAAAAUGUCAUCAGAUACUGAUAAAGAACAUCAAGUUAUUAAAGAAGAAGCUUUAAAAGCAGGUGCAGUUGAUGCUAUAGUUUCAAAUCAUUGGGAAGAAGGUGGUAAAGGAGCAAUAGAUUUAGCAAAUGGAGUUAUUGAAGCUGCUAAUUUAAAUGACAAACAUUUUAAUUAUCUUUAUGGAUUGGAACCAUCAAUUGAAGAUAAAAUUUCAACAAUUGCAAAAGAAAUGUAUGGUGCUUCAGAAGUUGAAUUUUUACCAGAAGCACAAAAGAAGAUUGCUUUAUAUACAAAACAAGGAUUUAAUAAAUUACCAAUUUGUAUUGCAAAGACACAAUAUUCAUUGAGUCAUGAUGCAAGUUUGAAAGGUGUUCCAACAAAUUUCAAAUUUCCAAUUAGAGAUGUUAGAGCAUCAACUGGAGCUGGUUAUUUAUAUGCUUUAGCUGCUGAAAUUCAAACAAUUCCUGGUUUACCAACUCAUUGUGGUUUCAUGAAUGUUGAAGUCAAUGAAAAUGGUGAAAUUGAUGGAUUAUUUUAG